AUGGAUCAUUAUUUAACGACUUAUAGAAAGGACUAUUUAUGGCCCAAUUUGCCAGGAGCCAGCUCUGGCGCUCACGGCGGUGGUGGUGGAGGCGGGUUAGCUGAAGUACCCAAAUUAUCCGGACAGGAAUUAGCCUUUUACCAAGCAUGCAUGCAGCAAACACGGCCACCGGAUUGCCGGUGUCCGCAGUACUCCGGGGCAGAGAUGCCUACUCUGCCCCCAGGGAAAGAAAGCGGAUGGAGCCGGAAUGAGCUCAUGGGGCCUAUGUUGGACCCGAAGUUAUAUCCAGUGAGGGUUGGAGCAGCACCUGAAACGCCAACAUCAAGAUAUGAUCAACCAAAUGCUUUCUUAGACAAGCUACAAUCCAAAUACCCGAUGCUGUACAGCAUCUUACAGAAUGAGGCAUCUCCUGAGCUCAAGCAACGUAUUGACAGGGAUCGGAACAAGACGACCUAUCAAGUGGACUACUGCGAGAAAGGUGCCGGCGCCCAGUUUGAAGGUCUACAGCGAGCAGCAGAUGAAAGCGGCUCAGGCCCUUGCGCCCAACCAAUGCGGCUACCUGGAGAUCCGUGCCGAGUUGGGCCUAAACCUGGGAAAUCGGCCCCUAGGACCAUCUCUAAGCAGGGCAGCGCUGGGGCUGGCUCAGACCCGAGAGCUAAAUGCGAAACAUCAUCAGCAGUGCCGCCCCUUGGCAAAACCGAAUAUCAAGAUGGAGUUUCCAAGUUGGGCGCUAUUAUUAUGCGCGACAAACUACACCGCCGAUAA